AUGGCGGCCGCUCAACAGUAUCGAGGGGUUGCACCGUUUGUGCGCGCACCUGCGCCCACGGGGCUGGGCGGGUGGUCGGAAGAGCUCGAUGAAGAGAACGCAGAAUUAAUUGCCGAGGGAGAAGGUCUCGUUGAUGAAGGGGCGUCUGUGCCGCUCGAGCAAGAAGAUGAAGGCGAAGUAGGGGUUCUCUUUGUCCAUAACGUCAUGGCUUUCUGCCAGCUGAACUGCGACAUAGAUCUGGACGUUGCGUGCCGGGCGCUUGGAAACUCCGUGUAUAAUCCUGAGGAAUUUCACAGCGUCCGUGUGGAUGUCCGGUGUCGAACAAACUGCAUUGCUUCCAUCAACAUCUUCAGCAACGGAAAGAUGAUGGGGACCGGAGCAAAUUCCGUGGAAGAGCUCCGGCGAACGAUGAAGAAGAUCGCAAGGAGGCUCCAGCGUCAUCCUCUAACAAAAUACAAAGUGUCGAUGACUCGUUUUCGAGUGUCAAACAUCCUUGGUAGCUACGCCUUUGCUAGCCCAAUUUCUCUGCACUCGCUCGCGGCGCUGAGGGGGCUACACGUGGACUAUGAGCCGGAACGUUUUCCCGGCGCGCGUGUCAAAAUUUCAAUUCCAAAAGCGGUCGACAAAAGCAGUGAUUCCGGGAAAGAGAAGGCGGCGACUGGCAGUGCGUGGGCGGCCCAGACGGGAUCGUCGUCCGCACAGAGUCCACAGGAUGCAAAAGGCAAGGAGGAGAUUGUGACGCUUCAGCUUUUCUCUACGGGGAACGUGACGCUCACUGGCGGGCGUUCUGUAGAAAGUAUGGAGUACGCACUCCAGUGCGUGCUGCCUUUUCUUCAGCAGUGCCAAAUUGUGAACGGGACAAGUUAG